AUGCAAGGCUUUGCGGCAUCCAGUCACGACCUUAUGCGCCACAAAUUUGUCUUUAUCAUUGAUGACGCACACACUACUUACAACAACUCUGAGCUGUGGUUACUUCUGCAUUCGGUGAACCAAGAUCGCCUCGCAAACAUCCCAGGGGCCCGUUUCUGUAUGUUCAGUGCAUUCGGUACCCCCGAUAGGGGUGUUAUGCCCCACAACAUGGGGAGUGACCUAUUGGUAUUCAAUAAGAAUCAACGUCUUUUCUUGUCCCAGCGUUUUGCUGAGGAGAUCACCCUUUUCUACACCCGAGAUGAAUUCGAUCUAUACAUCGAAAUGCAUUUCCUGGGUCGAGGGUCUGACUAUGAGAUCUGCGAAGUUUUGAAAGACCGAAUCUUUGGACUAACUGAGGGCCAGCCUGAAUUGAUGGAUGCAUUCAUGCAUCUCUGCGACAUGUGGUACGAGGCAUGGUACAAAAAAGAUCAAAUUGACCUCAUGAGCUUCGACGACUAUGAAAUUAACUUUGUUGGUCUUCCACUUUCGCCCGAAACCUUUUUCCCUCCUGAACAGGAGUUUGAAGUUCUUCGUCAUGCUCAUUACCACGACUCUCAAGGCCUUAUCUUCGACCCAUCAAGUGAGGAUAUGCUAUCAUGCCCCACGAAAGGUUGGCUGCACAUGGAAGAGGCCCCACGAGGAGGAUUCAAAUGUUACUUUCCAACCGUAUUUCACGACAGGCUCGUGGUGUACCUCGUGGGAGUCCAGGAGCUUAGAUAUCCCACUUCCCCCUCAUUGAACAGAGCGGAACUUGAAUUGAUGUUGAAGAUGCGAAACAUGACGAUUUCCUAA